AUGCAGAUGCAGGAUUUUAUAGUGUCUUCACCCGACGACUUUGAGUCUCUUCCACCAGCUGUGCAAAGAAAGUUCUUUUCCAACCUCGAGCGAUUUCGCUUGUUGACGACGACGACGCAGUCUCCACGCCAUCAUGCCCAUCACGAUUACGCAGCCAAACGUCCCCUCUCCAUCCGCACCAAGACCUCGUCGGCUGUGGUAACCAACAGGCAUCAUCGCCAAAAAGCCUAUCUUCGUCGUCGGCCUCGCUCGGCUGUGGAUUACAAUUUCGAUCAGGUCCACGAGUACUGGCAAUGCUUCCAUUCCCUCCCGCCCAAGAUCCAGAAGGUCAUUUUCUCUAAGGAAGAGCAGCGUCUCUUACAGCGAACGGCCCCCGUCAGCCAGAUUGUCGACGCUGCUGAUCAGGCCCUGCUCAAAUUUGAAGAAAGGCAACGCGCUUCUCUCCAGGAGUCUCGAUCUCGUCGGGAUUCUGAUUCGUUCGGCACGUACGACGGGGAACUCGAGCGACGAAGGUCUAGGGGAGUAGCCUCAUCCAUUCCGUCUUCGGCAUCAGCUCGUCCUUCUUCUGGAGAUCCCUCCGACUCCGGCAUUGAAAUGGAGGAAUCUAUUCUGGACAGUUUUCGUUGGCUCGACGAGGACGACGAUCUCGACCUGUCCCUGGACAGCUAUCACAAAUACGUUUCUGAAACGGCCGGGUCGCAGUCCCAGAAUGCCGCCCAACAAAAACCCGCUACCCCACGUCGAAUGCCUUCUUUCCGCCGGACAUUGUCCCUGGCCAAAAAUCGCAAUUCGAUGUUCAUCGGCAGCAGCCGAACUCUGAAUUCGAGCCAGUCUUCAACGAUUCCUUUUUCUUCAGCGGGCAGCCACAAUCAUAGCUAUAAUAGCCGUCCCAAUCAUCAUACGCGUAGCUCGCAUCAUCGCCAUGUUUCUAAUCGCUCUACAUCCUCCAUUGACCCCGCCGCGCAAUACUACCAAGACCCCGAGGCUCGCUUAAAACUGCGCGUGUAUCUGGCAUCUCCACAGAAGUUCGACGAGGCCAUUGAAUUCGGAUUUCCGUCCUUGGACAACAACCACAAAGAAAAUAUCGAUUCUAGCACGCGGCGACAAGGGGCCAACCGAGAUUCGAAACGAAUAUCUCAAAUUUCUUCAUCGACUCAGGGAUGGACCUUUUUGGAUGACGAGACUACGUCUAUCGAUCUCAGUUUACUUGAUUAUGCGCACGAAUCACAGCAAAGACAGCGGCAAUCGCAGUACAUGCAUUUCAAAGAUGCUGUGUCCUCAAAUCUUCACGAUAUCACACCUAUCACCUCUGAUAUGCGACGUUCGCAACCUCUGAAGCCGUCCACUUCAGCCGGCAAUGCGACUAGCCACCGCCGCGAGAUGACUUUGAAGAUGACGCUCACAAGACCUGAUCUACGCACUCAUGCCACCGACGAUGAUCCUCUGCGUUUGGCUGAAUUGCCACCUGCGGACGAAACGCUGAAUAUUUGGGACGAUCUCCCAGAGGACAGAGGUGUGGUCAAGAAGAUGUGGCGCAAACUUCGCGGAUGGCGCGAUUGA